GGUGCCGCGGCAUACGAAGUGUUGGCCGUUAGUGUCGUUGCCUCUUCCGAGCAGACCGGGGCAGAUGGUGUCGUUUGAUUAUUUGGGGCCGUUGCCGAAAACGACGAAAGACAACGAGUACGUGUUUCUGGUGGUAGAUUUAUUCAGCAGGCAUGCCGAGGGGUACCCACUAACGAAGGCGCAGAAAAAUGCGAAGGGUUUUGUUUCUAUCAUGGUGAACGACUAUAUCGCGAGGUGGGGUUGUCCGCACACCAUGUUGUCAGAUAGGGGAGCAGAGUUUGCGAAUGAGGUAACGAAAGGGGUGUAUAAGAUGCUGGGAACUGUGAAGAAGUUCACUAGCUCAUAUCAUCCGCAGACGAAUGGGAUGGCGGAACGUUUAAAUCACACGCUGUGUCAAAUGUUGUCGCACUUGAUUGCGGACGAUCAGGCGAAUGGGGAUGAGAUGCUACCACACGCGGUAGCGGCACACAACAAUAACGUGAGCCAAGGGACGGGGCUAGCACCCAACGUAGUACACAUCGGGAGGUACCCGAAAUUGCCGAUGACGAUCUUGGAGGGAAGGGGUGUUUCGGGAAAUCAGGGUCUAAAGCAAGACCAAUUGGAUUACUAUUUGAAUUUGAUGAGGGAUAAGCAAAGGAAGGAGUACGAGCUGGUAAGAGAGCAGGAUAAGAUAACCAAGGCUAAGCAUGAGAAGAGCAAUCAGGUGUUAAACUCGAUAAUAGGCAAGAGGCCGAAGUGCAAGGAGGGGGACUGGGUCUUGGUGUUUGAUGAGAAGGGUACAAUUUCUGGCGGGGGGGAACAUGUGCUUAAAUCGCGAGUGAAUAGUAGGGGGAAAGAAAAAUCGUUCGCGUUGAUCCCGAAGUUGGCACAUAAUUGGACCGGGCCGUAUAAGGUGUUGAUCGUGGGUCCAGGGGAUGGUCUUGACGGAGAAAAGGUGGGCCCGAAUAUUUUGUUUUUGAACGUGAAUAAGGAUGAGCCCGGAAAGANACGAGAGGGUGUCGGUAUAACGGUGUAAGAAGUGCUAUACUCAGCACGAGAACGAGGAUAGACCUAGGUUCUUGCCGUGGGGCUUUAGCAAGUAUGUGUUGAAUAAGUUUUCAGAGUUAGCGCCUCCGUUUUACCUUACGGCCGAGGACGUGGAGGAAGAAUUGGAUAGUAAAGAAUUGGUCCCGUGUAAAAUAUCAAGGCACAGGAUUUGUCGAGGUAUAAGUGGGAAGGGGGCGGUUCAGUACUACACGCAUUGGACGGGGUUGGCUAAGUGUACGUGGGAGCAUGAAGUAGAGUUAGAGCAAUAUGGGGACGUGGUACUUAAAUAUUGGAAUGAGCAGCCGGAACAAUCGGCCGGAGGGAACAUUAGGUAUCGGAGGUACCGUAUUCAGGGUGCAAAAAGGACGAUUGCUAGUAGAAAGGGAGAAAGACACGUGCAGAAAGAUUACAAACUUUGUUGUGACAUACGUGGUA